AUGCGUAGGAUUCUAUCACUUCUAUUUGUUCUUUCAUUCUUUCUAGUUUGUGUGAAUGGAGCAACAAAAGCGCCAAAGUUCUCGAAAGCUACCAAGGUACGGCCUUUUUUUACCUCUUUUUUACAAAAAAAUGGCAGGCCAGGGAGAGCGAUCCGCUUCCCACUGCCAGAGAAAAUGAUGAGAAAACUCCUCUGGGGGCGAGUCUCCGCCUCUCUUUUCUACCGCGCAAAUAGAGUUUCCCUCGCAUCCAGAAUUUUUCUCCGCUUCAAUGGGGACUUGGAAUUGACAACUAGUAUCUUGAUCAUCCGAUUUCCAGCCCUAAAAAUCAGCUUCUCCUGCCGUUUCCCCCCUGAAACCUCACAGAACAUGACGUUACCCAAAAAACAAUAUGAUUCCACAUUCGAUCACAAGUGAAAAACAGCAGAUGAUUCCAGAAAACCGUCAACAAGUUGGUCGACUGCCUGACGCCCGUCGACACGGUUCUCGCCGCCAAAACCGCCGACUGCGAGGACAGUGUUUGCGUAUCGAGCGCCAAACUUUACGCUCAACGACAAUAUCCGCAACAGUACCAGAGUACCGUAGUCCCGUGCUUAUCGUCGACGACUACCGCCGCGCCGGAGAAGACAAAGAAUGA